AAAUUUUGUUUUAGAGGUAAAGCAACAGUAGCUACGCUACACCUGACUCUUGCCUGUUUUUUCAAGUCUCUUCCAUUAUUUAAACCGAAGGCCACGCCUAGUGUGGAUGUGAGAGAGAGUGAGAGAAAAAGGGAAUAGAGAUGGGUUUGUGUUCAGUUGUUUUGAAUCUUCUUUUACAUGUUGUGCUUCUUAUCUCUUUGACCAAAGAAGCUUUAGGAGUGUCAAAGCUUUCAGAAAGUAAUUACCUUAGUGAGGAGGUACUAUCACAGCAAGAAGCCGACAGAGUGCAUAGAUUACCCGGACAACCUGCGGUGAGGUUUAAUCAAUAUGCUGGUUAUAUCACAGUCAAUGAAACUCAUGGAAGAGCACUGUUCUAUUGGUUCUUCGAGUCCACUAAAAAACCAGAACGAAAACCUGUUCUCCUUUGGCUCAAUGGAGGCCCUGGUUGUUCCUCAAUUGGAUAUGGAGAAGCAGAGGAGCUAGGACCAUUCUUUCCCCAGAGCAGCAGCCAACCAAAGCUAAAGUUGAACCCUUAUUCUUGGAAUAAAGCUGCCAAUCUCUUGUUUUUGGAAUCCCCUGUUGGGGUGGGAUUCUCCUACACCAACACCAGCAGUGAUAUCAGUGAGCUUGGUGAUACAAUUACAGCUAAGGAUUCACACACCUUUCUCAUCAAGUGGUUUAGGAGAUUUCCACAAUUCAGAUCACAUGAGUUCUACAUUUCCGGGGAAAGCUAUGCAGGGCAUUAUGUUCCCCAACUUUCUGAGCUCAUUUUCGAUAAUAAUCACAAUCCUGCCAAGAAAGACUACAUUAACUUCAAAGGUUUCAUGAUUGGAAAUGCACUGAUGGAUGAUGAAACAGAUCAAAAGGGUAUGAUAGAUUAUGCGUGGGAUCAUGCUGUGAUAUCUGAUGGGUUAUACCAUAACAUCACAACCACAUGCAAUUUCAGCCUUCCCAAUCAAACCAAUGACUGCAAUGUGGAACUCAAUAAGUACUUCGAUGUGUAUAAGCUUAUUGACAUGUAUAGCUUGUACACUCCAAGGUGUUUCAGCAACAAUAGCAGCACUAGAAAGGAAGCCCCUAUCAUCAGAGGCACAGCCCCUCAAACAUUUUCCAAAAUUGACGCGUGGCAUAAAAGACCAGCUGGAUAUGAUCCUUGUGCAUCAGAUUAUACUGAAGUGUACCUAAAUAGACCCGAAGUUCAAAAGGCACUGCAUGCCAAUGUCACCAAAAUUCCCUAUCCAUGGACUCACUGCAGCAAUAAUAUCACAUUUUGGAAUGACGCACCACAUUCCAUGCUUCCUGUCAUCAAGAAGCUUAUUGCUGGUGGAAUUCGCAUAUGGGUUUACAGUGGAGAUACCGAUGGAAGAAUUCCUGUGACUGCAACAAGAUACACACUUAGAAAACUGGGUCUCGGUGUUGUUCAAGAUUGGACUCCCUGGUACACCAGCCGGCAGGUGGGAGGAUGGAGCAUUGUUUACGAUGGGCUUACUUAUGUGACGAUUAGAGGUGCUGGUCAUCAAGUUCCAACUUUUGCUCCCAAGCAAGCUCUGCAGUUAGUUCGACACUUCCUAGCCAAUAGGAAAUUGUCACCUCAACCAAUUUAA